GGAAAAGAAAAAAAAAAAAGGGAGGUGAAAAACCGUUCGGCUUUGAGAAGUUCCCAAAGGAAAAGUUUGGAUAUUUGGUGGACUCUUGAGAGCUUUCGUCAAAAGCUUUUCCUUCCUUCCUUCCUUCUUCCUCUUUUUCUUCCCACACCUCAUCAAAGAUCACAAGGUGAAAUCGAGCAAGAGCUACUAUUAUUCUAUUAGAACUAUUUCAGAUCUGAAAAGAGCUGUGUUUAAGGCUGGUUUCUGAGAGUCCGGGAUUGGUGAUCGGAGCUGGAUUUUGGUGGUAUCGGAGGUCUGAGAUAAGUCAACGGAUAUGCCGGAGGAGGAGUCGAUAGAUAUCAAAUUCAGGCUAUACGAUGGCUCCGAUAUCGGACCGUUUCGGUAUUCAGCGGCGUCCACGGUUGAUUUUUUGAAGCAGAGGGUCGUCUCUGAUUGGCCCAAAGGCAAAACGGUUGUGCCAAAAGGGAUAAACGAAGUCAAGCUGAUCAGCUCGGGUAAGAUCUUGGAGAACAGCAAAACUGUUGGCCAGUGUAAGACACCGUUUGGAGAUAUUGCAGGUGGUGUCAUUGUGAUGCAUGUUGUUGUACAGCCAUCUCUAGCAAAAACCAAAACAGAGAAGAAGGUCGAUAAAGCACCCAAGGCGGUUAUAUGCACAUGCACCAUUUUGUGAAGGGAGCAAGACAUGUAUCAUACAGACCAUAUCAAUUCUUCAGGUACAGAAGAAAACAAAGACAAAAAGAAUGGUAAAGGCAAAGUAAAGCUUCCCUUUUAAGCUGUGGAGUAUCAUAACCUCGAAAUGCAAAGCUUUGAAUGUGUAGAAAAUGAUUAGAUUCUUUUGAAGUACAUCAUAUGUUGUCCCUUGUUUGUUUUUUUUUUUGUUAACACUAUCUGGUAUAUCAUUCGCGUCCCAACGUCUUGUAAUAAACAGAAGUUGUAUAGGUUACUAGUAGCUCUAAAGGAUUACGUGUGAUGAAGAUAAUUUAUGUAUCUAUGAAAGAAGAAAAAAAUUGUGCCUUUAUUCU